AUGGCGGCGCUGCGCUGCUUCCUGCAGCUGUUGUUCGCUCUGGUGCUUACCCUCGGCCCCGCCGCCGGCGACAUGCGCCGGCCCCUGGCGCUGGAGGUGCUGGGCGAGGCGGGGGAACUGGCGGAGGAGCUGUGGGGCGCGGGGCUGCCUGGCGAUCUCCCCGAGCUGGAGCCGGAGUGCCGCCGCCUCCUCGUCGCCUUCGCGGAGGACAGCGCGGCGUUGACGGACUGCCUGGGCCGCCGCGCCCGCCCGGUGCGGCUCUGCCAGGCCUGCCACCCUUACUAUCACCGGCUCCUCGCACAGUACGGCAACAUCGGCCGUGCCGUCGGGAAUUCUUCUGAGAGCCACAAUUGUGCCAAAAGCAUCUUGACCUCAGACAGGCUGCAGAUGGUUGUGACCCUUUCGGAGUUCUUUAAUGAAACCUGGGAGGCAGCCAACUGUGCAAAUUGUUUAAAGAACAGCAGUGAGGGAUUAUCAGAUUCUACUGUAGAAUUCCUGGAUUUGUUCAAUAAAUCCCUGACAUGUUUUGAACAUAACCUUCAGGGACAAAUCACCUACCUGUCACCAAAUAACAACACAGAAGUAUGUAGAAACUGCAACGAAACCUACAAAAAGUUGAAUGACCUUUAUAACAGCUUGCAAAGGAUGAACAGGCAAGGUGGUGAGUCUGGGCACUCUGCACACUUGUGUAUCGACGUGGAAGAUGCAAUGAACAUCACUCGGAAGCUCUGGAGCAGGACUUUCAACUGCUCCCGUCCCUGCAGCGAUACGGUCCCGGUGAUCGCAGUCUCGUCCUUUAUUCUUUUCCUACCUAUCGUUUUUUAUCUCAGUAGCUUCCUUCACUCGAAGCAGAAGAAGAGGAUCCUCAUUCUGCCCAAGCGCAUCCAGUCAAAUGCCGGUCUCGUGAACAUCCAAGAAAAAUACAGCUGAGCUGCAAAACAAAACCUGAGAGCUGCUGCUGGUGUACAGUGGGUGCAAUUGUGUUGGAAUGAGGCUGGCACAAAAGAGGAGUUAAUUAUGGUUUAGUGGUAAUGAUACGGAGCAACACAAGUUAAACAAAAUGCUGUCUGACUUCUAAGCGAGGAUAUUAACAAGGCAGGGCUGUGUGACACUGUAUGGACUCUGAGCUUGAAAAAAAUCUGUGGUUUUUCUUCAGUCUUGGGCUGAAGCUGCUGUUUUUCUGUUUCCGAGCUUUGGUACUUCUCACCAAUAGAAAAACUACACUUCUGUUGUUUGUCACGUUUGUUUCACAGAAGCCUGGGUUCUGAAUCUUUCCGAGGUGAUUUUCAUACCAAGUCAGAACUUGAAAUGAUAUUUGGUGUUCUUGCCUGGAGCAUUGUUUGAUUCAAAAUAAUGCCACAAUUGGAAUUGACAGAAAACCUUAAAAAAAAAAGAAAAGUUUCUGUAUUUCCUUUAUUGGUCUAAACUCAUGCUACUGGUAUCUGUUAAAGAAAAAACAAAGCCAUAAAAGAUGGAGAGAAAGUGGUAAAAUCCUAUACCCAAAGCCAGCAACAGAACUGCCAGUGCAGAGUGGUCUUUGCUGACUGCAGUGUUCAGCUGUCUCUGAAACAAGCAACAUAUUUAGUCACUUGCACACUUUAACCACUAAAAUAAUCACUUGUCAAGUGUUACUUUUUUUUCAGAGGCUUAUUUUGGAUGGCUGCUUGGGGAUGCUUCACUGUUUUUUCUGUUGUGUUAUUUCCUUUUUAAUUAUAAAGGGUGUUUGGUAGUUCUGUUUGUUUGUGUUUGGUGUUGUUUUUGUAGAGAAGUGAGGUAAAGUCAAGUCACUGGAGAUGCUGAGUUUCCUGGUUUGGAGUUUGUUAUGGCUUAAUACAGAGGAACUUAGCAGGGGAGAAGUUACCUUUUUAUUUAGCAGUAAAUGAACCAAAGGGUUCUCUAACUUAAAAACUGCCCUGAAAGACAGUGAAGACACUGUGUUGGGAAUUGCUCACUUUCCAGAACUGGUUUAAAAACAUCUGGCUUGUGAAAUAGAUGAAUGUAAACAAAUCCAAGCUUGCAGGAUUCCAAAGCUGAUGGAGAAAGUCCUGCAGGGAUGCUCAGCAGUACUGACAGGCUGUGGGCUCCAUUCAACCCCUGCAGCAGUACCAGCAAUUCAGUUUGGUUGGGAUAGUCCUGGUCUGGGAGAAGGGUGGGAUUGAGAGGAUUUAUAGCUGUAAUUGAGGUUAAGGAAUGCCAGUCUUUGCUCCCAUUUUUAAAUGUCUUGUCUAACCUUGAGGAAAGAAUGAAUGGCCAUUACAGCUGAAAAUUUACAUUGAUCUUGGAAGCUCUGUCUGAUGCCUGUCCAAAUACCCCAUGAAAUAGUCUGAUGGUACUUGACUGGCUUUGGAGCCUAGAAUGUUAAUUU